AUGAAGGGCUUCCCUGCUCUCAAGGACGUUACAGUCAACAAGUGUGAUGAGUAUUACAAAAGAGAAGCACAAGCUCCUAAAGGAAGUCUCCCUGCGAACACCAGGGAAGGGUCUCCUUAUCCCCCCACCCUCACCCCAUAUUCUCUUGUCUCCUCAGUAAAUCCCCCAAAGGCUGUGGUGUCCCUAGACCCUCCAUGGUACAGGCUGCUGGAGAAGGACAAUGUGAGUCUGAAGUGCCUCCCUGAGGGUUAUUCCACACAGUGGUGGCACAAUGGGAGCCUCAUCUCAAGCCAGUCCUCCAGCUACUUCAUCAAAUCUGCUAGAGUUAAUGACAGUGGAGAGUACCAAUGCCAGACAUCCUCCACCUUGCGCAGUGACCCAGUGCAGCUGGAAGUCCACAUUGGCUGGGUGUUGCUCCAGGCCGUUCGGCAGGUGUUCCUGAAGGGGGAGACGAUUGAGCUGAGGUGCCACGCCUGGAAAAGCAAGCCUCUGCACAAGGUCUCAUAUUUCCAGGAUGGCAGAAGCAAGAAGUUUACUCAUGAUAAUGCCAUCUUCCACAUUCCAAAAGCAACAGGCCAGCACAAUGGCUCCUACUUCUGCAGGGGACUUAUUGGGAAUAGAAAUGAGUCUUCAGGGUCUUUAAACAUCUAUAUUCAAGAUCUGGAGGGUCCAUCCAUCACUCCAGGCGAUCUACACUGGCACCAAGUCACUCUCUGCCUGAUGACGGGUCUGCUAUUUGCAGUGGACACGGGCCUGUAUUUCCUUAUGCAGAGAAACCUUCGAAGCUUAAUGGAGGACUGGAAGAUUAACAAACUCAAAUGGAGCCAGAGCUUUCAGUUACAAACAACCCCUCAUGCCAUAGGAUAAUAGCAGCAGUAGCAGCAGUAUCUCUGAGCCUCUCUCUAUAUUCACAAUCCCAUUACCUCCAACAGACCUGUCUGAAAGCAGCCAGAGAAAUACACCUCAGAGCCUAGCCUGAAGGCGCUUCACCCAGCCUUCUAUUUUCUCUUGGUCUCCAGUGAAAGAAAGGGCCUGUGAUCUUCAGGAACAAGCAAAGCCCCAGUGAGGAGCUGUGUUCCCAGGAAUUGGGGUCUCAGAGCUACACAGACAUUUUCUCUGUCCCUGCCAUUCCCUCACAGCAAAGCAACAACAUGGUCUCUGGAUGGUGUAUAAACAUUGUUCCAGAAAUAAAUGGAUAAGCAGAUGAGUGAAUUUAUGGUUGAGGCAGGGCCACUUAGACAGUUGGUCUACACCUACUGCUCCAGGGUUGGUUGCUUUCAGGCUAUCCCAAAUCUCCCUCCAGUCAGAGUGUGGGGACUGCUAGGGUUUAGGAGGAACAGCAGAACCAACGAAGGAGCUGACUGAGAAAGGGUGGGGUAGUUCAGGACGGACCAGGGAAAGUUCCCCCAGGCCCAGAGAUGAGGCUGUCUUCCUGGGACACGAACCAUGUUUGGGGUAACAGGAAAUCACAGGGGUGAUGCAGAAUUAAAUUUUUCAAGGAAGCUGCUGUCAGAAUUGUAAUGUUCUUUGAGUAUAUAAUGAGGAAACCUUUAAUGUUCCUGUUUAAAAUUAAAAGGGUUGUGAGCGGAAAAGUGACUGAGAUUGGGGGUGUAGGGGUGUGGGGAAUGUUUGGAAAAGAAAGCACAGAAAAAAACAGGUGUCCAAAGGAAGGACAGCAGCAUUGCUUUCUCAGGUUGAGCUACAUGAACAGAGGAUAUCUCAGUUUUUGAACUGAGAGAGUAUGACAAGAAAGUGUCAAAAUUGCACAGGAAGGAAUGGACAGGGCAUGAAGAUGCUUUUUUUUGGGGGGGAGGGUCAGGGUAGUAAGAAUGAUAAGUUAUAUACAAUAUAUAAUUAUCAAUUAUAGGGAUUAUAAAACCAGCUUUUCUGCUUCAGUAUCUAACUUGAGUAUAGCUUCACUCCUGUCAUUUAUUAAACAAAUGUUGGAUCAUCAAGACUAAAUGUACUGAACUCUACUGAGGUACAUUAUGAAACUAAAAUCCCUCAGCAUGUCGGUAACAGUGGGGUGGAUAUGGAGAAGGCAGUCAUUGCUGAUGGAAGAAAAUUAUAGCUGUCUCUUUCUGUUUUAGAGGCUUUAAGCAGAACACUUCUUGAUUUUAAUAAAGCAUUUUAGAAGGUC